UUAACGUUGAUGAUGCAGCCACUUUUCCAGAAAAAGAAAAGCAGCCGCCGUUUUGAGAGUGUCUCCAAAAGUGUGUUUUGAGCAAAAACAAAAACAGAAAAGCAAACAGAGCGAACUCAGAAAUAACAAUAACAAUCUUCACCCUUGAUCUGCUUUCUCUACCACAAGCACAACAAUGGCGGCUACUUCUUCUUCUUCUCCUUCCUUGCACAAAUCUAAACAAAGAUUUUUUCAAAUAAGCCCUUCACCAACCCAAAAUCCUUCAUCCACACCCUUCCUUCUCAUCUUCUUCUUCAUCCUCUGCGCCAGCUUAUUCCCCAACAUCUCCUCCGAGGAACCGCCAAUCUUGACCUCGGGUUUCCACGCCUCGUACAACCGACAUUGCAAUCACAUCGUCCCGCAAUCUCCCUUGCGUUCCGGCCGUUUCCUCCCCUCCGGUUCCGGCGCCGCCGAUUUCCAGAUUGGCUCUUUCAGAGGUGGAAACCCACUCUUCAAUCGAACUCCGAUCGCCGGAGGCGCCGCGAAGCCGCAAUUGGUGUUCUUCCAUCCCUACUUCACCGGGACGACUUUCGCCGACGGCGUCUACAGAUACCGAGCAGCGCUGAAUCUUGGCGACUCGUUGCCGUACUCCGGUCGCCGGAAUCUGCGUCUGGUUCGGUUCCGGGGACCGAGGUUUCCGAUGCGGAGCGGGCGUCUGAGCUUCACGCUCCAGGGGUUUUGGUCGGAGACUUCUCGGAAGCUUUGCAUGGUUGGAUCGGGCGCGGUUCUUCAUAGCGGUACGGUGAACUCUCUUCGCGUUGUUCUUAAGCUUAAUUACCCGCGUAAUUCUGGUAUAAACUCAAGUUUAAUUAGUGGGAGUUUAGAGAGUUUGGAUGGUAAUGGUAGUUCGAGCUACUUUUCGCCGAUUUCAAUUUUGGCUUUGUCGUCUCAGGAUUCGAAUUAUGAAUAUACAUUGAUAGGAAAAGAGAAUGGUAUUGGAUGCUUGAAUGGAGAAAAUAGAGGGGAGAGUUUUUUGGCUUUGCCGAACUUUGAGAGAUGCUCUGUUCUUAGAGGUAUAGAGAGGUUUGAUUUGGAGUAUGGUGGUGAUUGUAAUGGUGGUAAUUGCAAUCCUCUUGAUGGAAGUUUUGGCUACGUGCCUAAUUACAUGUUUUAUCACAGGAUUAGGUGUGAUGAAGGGAAUAAAUGGAAAAUGCUGCUGGGUUUUCCCAACUCUAGCUAUAGUGGUAACAGUUUUCCUUUUGAACCAAGCACUAGUUUCAUUGCUGAAGGAGGGUGGAAUGAGAAGGAGGAUCAAUUCUGUGCCAUUGCGUGCCGGAUUUUGAACUUCACCGAGUCUUUUGAUAAUGCUUAUUUUGGAGAUUGCUCCAUUGGGUUCAGCUUGAGAUUUCCGGCGAGUUUGUCUUUACGAAAUGCGAGUAAUAUUGUUGGAAAAAUUUGGAGCACAAGUGCCGCAAAUAGUUCGGGCCACUUUGAUAAAAUUGGGUUCCGGAGUUUCAAUGAAGAGUUAUUGGGUUUGUUAGGUGUUAAGUAUGAAUAUACUGUGAUUGACACCCUCAGAGAAACUUGUGUGAAAAAGAAUGCUGCUAGAGGCAAGGGAAAGACGUAUCCAAAUGAGUAUUCAUUGGACAUGAGAUUUGACAUGUCAGUGAGAAACAGCAAAGGACAAGUUGCAAGCGGCUACUCAGCACCAUUUUAUGUGGGUAAUCAGCUUUAUAGAUACCAGUUCUUCGGGUACCAGACUUCCUCUCCGCAAGUAUCGCAGACAGAGUUUUCAGUUACAUCAAACAGCAGCGUAGUGAAUAUUAGCUACAAAAUUAGCUUCACACCUCCACCUGAUUUCAAGUUCAGUCGUGAUAGUUCUCUGUCCAGCGCAGUGGAAAUUUCUGCUGAAGGAACUUAUGCUAGAGAUACUGGUGUGUUAUGCAUGACGGGAUGCCGUCAUCUUGGAUCAAAAGCUCAAAACUUGGCUCCAAAUGAGACAUUAGACUGUGAGGUUAUGGUUAGUAUCCAGUUUUCUCCUCUAAAUGCAAAUACGGGAAGAGGCAUCAAAGGCACUAUUGAAAGCACAAGGAAAACAUCUGACCCACUUUACUUUGGCCGUCUCGAGUUGUCGUCUAGUUCAAUCUACACUGGCCAAGCUGCAGCAUCCAUUUGGAGAAUAGACCUGGAGAUAACGAUGGUUCUCAUUUCCAAUACCCUAACAUGUGUGUUUGUGGGCUUGCAGCUCUUCUAUGUAAAAUCACAUCCAGAUGUACUUCCAUCCAUUUCCAUUACGAUGCUUAUUGUUCUUACCAUGGGCCACAUGAUUCCUCUUCUGUUGAACUUUGAGGCCUUGUUCGUCCCAAAUCGUAGCAGGCAGAAUCUUUUUCUUGGAAAUGCUGGAUGGCUUGAGGUAAACGAAGUAAUUGUCAGAGUAGUGACGAUGGUAGCCUUCCUUUUGCAGUUACGCCUUCUCCAGCUGACCUGGUCAUCGAGACAAGGUAAUGGAAAUGAAAAGAGCCUGUGGAAUUCUGAGAGGAAGGUCGUUUAUCUUACUUUACCUCUGUAUGUAAGCGGGGCAUUGAUUGCUUGGUUUGUAAACUACUUGAAGAACAAUUCCGGGACUCCAAAAGGAGCGUUUCAGCGGCAUUCUUUCCAGCGGCAUUCUCUUUGGAAUGACCUGAAAUCUUAUGCCGGUUUAGUCAUGGAUGGUUUUCUGCUCCCACAAAUACUCUUCAACUUGUUCUUCAAUUCAGGAGAAAAGGCUUUGGCUCCUCUGUUUUACGCCGGAACUACCGUGGUUCGUCUUCUGCCUCACGCGUAUGAUCUUUAUAGGGCUCAUGCUUAUGCUUCGUACCUGGAUUUAUCCUACAUUUAUGCAAGCCAUAAAAUGGACUUCUAUUCCACCGCGUGGGAUAUAGUCAUCCCUUGUUGUGGUCUGCUGUUUGCUGUCCUAAUUUUCUUGCAGCAAAGAUUUGGUGCCCAUUGCAUUUUGCCUAGAAGGUUUAGACGGAACUCUGCAUAUGAGAAAGUCCCUGUAAUAAGCAACGAGGAUUUAUAACAGAAGAAGUUUCUUAGAACUUUAAGAGGCAUCUGCAUUUGUACCAACGUUUGAAAUCAGAGCAGCAUUGGUUGGGUAUCUUGAACUGGAGUCAUAACAAAUGAGAUAAAAUGUCAUGGCAUUUGCAAAGAUUGGGGAAGACACAUAGAAAAUAUAUAUAUAUAUAUAUAUAUAUAUAGACA